AUGACAAAGAUUACACCCUCUGAACUAGAGAUUAUAAUCAAAGAAGCACCCAACAUAAAGGCUACUGGGCCCUCAAAAAUAUCAAAUGAAAUAUUAAAACAUCUAGGCCCCCAAGCAAAAGCCACAAUCUUAAAUCUACUCAACAAUUGUCUAAUACUACAGGAUGUACCAACU